GCAUCACUUGGUGAUUCGUGCAGAGAAGAAAGUCGCUUCCGAAAAUGUGUCCUUGUCGUCCAUUGCAAAAACCGCGACCGCCUGCUGCUGUGCUCUUGUUGUUCUAAUCGAUCUCCCUUACCAAGGCACAAUUUCCGCGCCCGCUGCAGACCAUUCAAUUCCGACUGGACCCAUUUUCUGCUCCGCAAGCAACAACGUGCGCCUCAACCACGGAAGAUCCCCCGAGAUGAUUAUCCCGCAGCCCGUACAGCUGACUGGGGGCGGGUGCUUCUCUCGUUGCUCACGCGACAUUGGUUGGGCUUCGUAGGAUCCUGUUUAUAACGACGAACAGUGGUGCAACAUGGAGUGUCUCUGGCCCCAUGUUUCAAACGAUUCUUCCUCUGCUACUGGCCUGUGCCUCCUUUCAAGGCGUCCAUUCGGCGACCUUCAAUGUCGCUGUUGGAACCUCGGGGCAUGCUGUCCCCAAAACGCUGUAUGGCAUGAUGUACGAGGAUAUCAACGUGCGUUCCUUAAUUUCUAGUUCAUUCGGAUGCCGAUGUUAUUACAGCAUAGCGGAGACGGUGGCUUAUACGGCGAACUGCUCCAAAACCGCGCUUUCCAGAAGGUCACACCAGGGACGAGUGCGUCGCUCACAGCGUGGGCUGGGCUCAACAGCAACUCGCACAUCGCUGUCGUGGCAGCGAACGUGCCCGUUUCGAGUGCGCUUCCGAACGCUCUGUCGCUCACUGCAGGCACCACCUCCACUGUCGGAAUCACCAACUCGGGCUACUUCGGCAUCAAUGUACAGAGCAACUGGACGUAUCACGGAUCGUUCUACUUCCGAUUCCCCUCGGCGCCCAGCCAAGCCGUGUCAGGUGACUUCACUGUGGGGAUGCUCAACUCCGCCGGCACCGCCGUCGCCGCCGCGAGCUACGCGUUCACGUCCUCCUCGAGCUGGCAGCAGAUCACGUUCCGGUUCACGCCGACUUCCACCCCGAGCGGGACCGCCAACCUGUUCUUCGUGCAGCUGCCCGGAUCGCUGGUGACGAGCGGAGGAGGGUCUGUGCAGUUCGCGAUGCUCACGUGCUUCCCGCCCACGUUCAAGAACCGGAUCAAUGGAAUGCGACUGGACAUCAGCAACGCGCUGCUCGCGAUGAACCCCGGGUUCUUCCGCUUCCCUGGUGGCAACAAUCUCGAAGGCCAGACUGCGGCAAGCCGGUGGCUCUGGAGCAACACUGUCGGUAGCCUCGUGAGCCGGCCCGGACGACAAGGAGAUUGGGGAUAUAUCAACACCGACGGUCUCGGUCUCUACGAAUACCUCCAAUGGAUUGAAGACAUGAACAUGGAGCCUAUCAUGGCCGUUUGGGCUGGCUAUUCUCUGGACGGCACGUCUCAGGCUCAAUCAGCUCUCGGCCCGUACAUCCAGGAUGCUAUCAACCAAAUCGAGUUUGCCAUCGGAGAUGCAUCAACCAAUCAAUACGCCGCCAUCCGUGCGAGCAUGGGCCACUCUGCGCCCUUCGCGCUGACGUACAUUGAGAUCGGCAACGAAGACUUCUUCGCGACAUCCAGCUACGACAGCUACCGCUGGUCCGCCUUCUACACCGCGCUCAACGCCCAGUUCCCCCAACUCAAAUUCAUCGCGACCAGCGCGACCAGUGGAUUCGUCCCCUCGGUCACCGGCCCCGCACCCAAGUUCUGGGAUCUGCACAUCUACUCCAACCCCAACUUCUUUACGAAUGGAGCAUACAACUUUGAUAUCCUCCCCCGCAACGGGCUGCAGUUCUUCCAGGGUGAAUAUGCGACGACGACGACCAACUCGGGAUCGCGUAUCGCGUAUCCGUUCAUUGACGGAUCUAUCGCCGAAGCUGCUUACAUGGCUGGCUUCGACCGUAACAGUGAUAUCGUUUUCGCUGCGUCCUACGCUCCAUUGCUCAACCACGUGUCGAGCACUCAAUGGACACCCAAUCUGGUCACCUUCACGCCUAACUCUCUGAUUCUCUCCACCUCGUACUACGUUCAGCAGAUGUUCGGCGUCUACAAGGGUGACACCUAUCUCAACUCGACCACCAACGCAGCAUCAAGCCCCGUCCAAUGGAGUGUCACGAAAAACACAUCUGGGAACCAGCUGUUCCUCAAGGCCAUCAACACCGGCACGAGCACCAACACGAUCGUGUUCACGCUUCCAUCGAGCAUCACCAUAUUGUCGACCGCCGGGACCGGGUCCAUCCUCACCGCCGCAGCGGGAACGAUGAACACGCCCUCGAGCCCGAACGCCGCCGUGCCGAAGAGCAUCACGUUCACCGCCGGCAAGACGAUCACGUACAAUACCCCGCCGUUGAGCGCCAGUGUGUUGAUCGUCAGCGCGAAGUAGCAGAUUGGAGGACGACCCUGAUCUGUCACUUUCAAAAAGGACAUUCGAGCCUUGCAGAAAUUCUUGUCCAAGUUCAUUCUGUACCUAUUGAAGAUACCUUGGUGUACCACAAACUUUGCAGCAACCAAUACUUAUGGGAAUCUGUUCUCCG